UAAGGGGCGUGACAGGAGUGUGAUAUUCAAAUGACUAAAUUCCGCGAUUGACCGUUCACCAUCACUGUUACUGUCUUCAGUCGUCAUUAUUAUCACUACUGCUGGUGCUCUAUCAGCGCGCCGUGGUUACGUCGAGUCAAGAAGGAGAAAGAGGCUAACAUGGACAAGGAUGAUCUCAUUCUACCCAAGGAUUUCCCUGAGCUGAAGAAUGACACGUUCCUGCGAGCUGCAUGGGGGGAGGAGACGCAGCACGUGCCCGUGUGGUGUAUGCGACAGGCGGGCCGCUACCUACCGGAAUUCCGGGAGACCAGGGCUACCAUGGAUUUCUUUGCGACGUGCCGUUCCCCAGAGAUGUGCUGCGAACUCACCUUGCAGCCACUGAGACGCUUCCCGUUCGAUGCUGCCAUCAUCUUCUCUGACAUUUUGGUGGUUCCACAGGCCAUGGGCAUGGAAGUACAGAUGGUCCCAGGAAAAGGCCCAACAUUCCCAGAGCCGCUGAAGGAUCCUGAUGACUUGCAAAGGCUGAGGUCCAAGGUGGAUGUCGCCGCAGAGCUGGGCUACGUCUUCAAGGCCAUCACUCUGACCCGGCACAAGAUCGAGGGCAAGGUUCCACUCAUCGGAUUCUCAGGGGCUCCGUGGACUCUCAUGACCUACAUGAUCGAGGGGGGAGGUUCCACCACACAGUCCAAAGCCAAGCGUUGGCUCUACUGCCACCCGGAGGCCAGCCACAGACUGCUGAAGCAGCUGACGGACGUCAUUGUGGAGUACCUUCUGGGGCAGGUGGCAGCGGGGGCCCAGGCCCUGCAGGUGUUCGAGUCACAUGCCGGCUGCCUGGGCCCCAGGGAGUUUAGGGAGUUUGCUCUGCCCUACCUGCGGGAUAUCAGCAGAAGGGUCAAGGACAAGACGAAGGACUUGGCCUUGGACAACGUGCCAAUGAUUGUGUUUGCGAAAGACGGCCACUAUGCCCUGGAGGAUCUUGCUGAGUCGCAUUACGAGGUAGUGGGACUGGACUGGACCAUCGAUCCACGGUCAGCCAGGGAGCGAACUGGCAGCAAGAUCAGCCUGCAGGGUAACAUGGACCCCUGUGCCCUCUAUGCCCCCAAGGAGCAGCUGGACAGCAUCGUCGGGCAGAUGCUGGACGGCUUUGGCACACGGGGCUACAUCGCCAACCUUGGCCAUGGGCUGUACCCCGACAUGGAUCCGGAGCAUGUGGGUGCUUUCGUCGACGCCGUCCACAGCCACUCCCGACGGCUCCUUAGAACAAAGUGAGCGGAGAGGGACGUGUAGCGAUGCUGGAGAUCAGGGGUCAGAGGCCGGCACCACACCCCCCAGGACGACUUCUGUCACAGCAAGAGCGCAUCUCAGUGUCACAUUUUCCAAUAAAUGACUUGUGGGCCCGAUGUGA